CUCAAAAUUGGCGCGAAAACCAGAUGCUUCACCAGAGUAAUUGUCCGCCAAUGCGCAUGCAUUGAUCGUCAUGCAGACCAUAUGUUCUUUGUCGAUCACUAUCUCGUCACAGACAUUGAACACACCUAUCAUAAUUAUGUACUCAUCCGCUAAAGACGUAUGGAUCAAUCAAAAUCCAACAGCAGCAUCAUGUAUGUUCCAUUGACCACGUGAUAAUGACAUGACUCAUUCAGAUUAUAAAGCUAUCACGCUCGUCAUUUCACUCAUUCUCGUUGUAAACCUCAUAGAUAAAUAACAUGGGAAAAACUUCUCUAUUCGUGGUGCUUGUGGCUUUUAUUGUAACUAAAGGUGAGGCAAACUAUAAUACAUGUACCGAUGUUUAUGGUGGAUAUUGUGCAACCUCUAAAACAUGCAGCUCAUUAGGAGGUAACGUGGAGACACUGUCAGUAAGGUGUCAAUGUGGGAAACCAUGUUGUAAAUGUACUGACACAUGUCCUGUUGGUUCUACAUGUAUGGAUGAAAGUGAAACAUGUAACGGAAUGAAAGAUACAAACGGUUGUUGUGGUAACAGGUUUUGUUGUACACCUUCUCCGACAACGACACCGCCAGUAGAUACAACUACACCAUGUGGUGUAACCACUUGUCCAAAUGAGAAUGAAUGUUGCCUGGGAGGAUGUCAGGCAGGUAACGAAGUUGGAGGAUUUUGCUGUGAACAAGCUGACUCUGUUUGCUGGUUAGUUCAAGUUAUAUUUACUCUUAAGAGAAAAACAUCUGACAGCGACACUUUUUACAAAAAAAAAUCUUCCGAUAAAAAUGUAUCGUAAGUUAUACUGAAUUUCAAAUGUGUUUGAUUUACGAAUAGUUUUACUCGAAUUUCAAAGAGCCAAAAUUAACAUGAUUUUCAUUAUAAAUUUUAAGUAAAUAAAACGAUCCUAACUUUAUGGGUACCAUCGGCAUGUCUUCAGAAAAGAUUUAACUAUUGAGUUUUUUGUUAAAGAAUUGUAAGUAUCACAUACUUUCAUAGAAACCAAAUACCUGCGUUGUUACUACUUAAUUUUGUAAAGUUAUAUUCACAGAACUCGUUGUUUUGCGAUAAAUUUGAUAAUCUUGAUGAAUUUAAGAUAACUUAUGCAAUAUCUGACAGUCAAAUAAUGAUAGCAUAUCUUCUAUUUUAGCACAACGUGGUAUGUUAUAUAAUAUAUAGAGUCUUUCGAAGUUCAGAGAUAGUUGUAUCAUUACAUACAUAUACAUUAUGAUUUUUAUUACCGAAACGAUUCAUCAAAUGAUCGGUUCUAUCCAUGUUUUGUCAUCUGUCAAAUUCUUAGCUAUAGAAUUUAAGAUUGUUUAUAUGUUCUUAGUUUCGAAAUCCUGUUGAUUAAUCCUAUGGGAAAAGUAAUAUAAUAAUUAUAAUUUUCAAUACCAGACUGAGAUUUAGAAAAAUAUUCGCAGCGCUAAAGUUUAUCCAUAUUGAUCCAUAUUAGUAAACCACUUUCGAAGAACUGAUCUUGAAAACAGAUUUAAAAGUUAAAUAAUCAAUGUAUUUGUCUUUCAAAAUUAUUGAUUAAUCCUGACUUACCAAAUAUAGAAUUCACAAAUGUAACCCAUUUAACAUGUUUAAUCAUUUAAAAGCCUCACUAUGAAAUCUGAAAAAAGUUUGUACUUAGAACUACUUAGUGCAUGAUCAAUAUUCAACUGCAUGUAAUAUUAAGCUUACAAAAAUACCUGAUUUUCUGUUUUAAUUUUAACAUGAAUACAGUACUUAUUCUUUCAUUUUGCCAUUUCCUAUUCAUGGAAACAUGUAUAUAAACAUUAAGGUUAUACCACAAUAUUGACUGCUGUGUCCCACUUUUUGAUAUGUUCACCUUUUAUGCCAGUUUUAUCUGGUCACACAUUGCUAUGUGUAUGAGCCUUUGUUUUGGUCAUUUCCUAAUUGAUGUUUCGUUUCGAAUUUUACAAUGAGAUUGGUAUUUUUUUUUAACAUAUACUUCUGAUCCUUUUUGUUUUUUCUAAGCUCUUCCGUUCAAAACAAAAUGGAUUUUCAAAUAUUGGAAUCAUCGAAUUUGCCUUUUCUAUAUUACAGUGUGUACCGUAAAUGUUAUUAUAUAUUUUAACAAGACAAUGUUUAUAAUUUCAGUCGAGGCAGUGAACCAGGGAAGUGAAUCUUGAAGCCGAAAUUAAAGAAGUAAACAAAAUGUUAAUUAUAUGUAGUGUGUUAUAAUAAAAUUAUCAAAAUUG